UUUAUGGUUUUUUUUUUUAAGGAGUGAACCUGGUUUACAUAUGAAGAAGUUAAAUGAAGGUGAAAAUGAAACAGGGACAUCAAAAGGAGCUGUGAUCACACCAGUGUUGAAGAAGGCCGAUUCCCUAACUGGUGGUCCACUACAAAAGAAUGAUGGCAGCCAUUUCAGUGGAAAGGAUCAGCAUGAAAGCAGACCUGCAAAGAAAAUUUCUAAGAAAAAGAACAAGGUCAAAAAGCAAAUUACUUCUAUGGAUGACCUUGUCGACUUCAUUCAGUCAUCUGAAACAGCCUCAGAGGAUUGUGAGUUGCCUUACUCUAAGAAUUUCAUGUUGCUGAUUGAACAACUUGGCAUGGAUUGUAAAGCUGCCAAAUCGUUUUCUAAAGGAGUUGUACCGUUUUCCAUUCCCACCAGCAGUCUGUGA